CAGCAGUUUCCGUCCCACUCUCCGGUUCUCCUCUCGUCUGCAUCGCAUCUCUCUCCAUCCAUCCACACGGAGUAAGCUAUUGGACAACAGAGACAGAAUUAGGCUACCGUGCCCAGGAACGGGCAAGACGGCAGUCUCCCGAAGCCAACUAACGCACACCGACUGAAUCAGGGACAGCAGUGGUGACAGACUUCCAAACAAAAUGUUAUCAGAAUGUUCUACCCAGUGAUGUCAUCAGAAGCCUUUACCCAGUGAUGUCAUCAGAACCCUCUACCCAGUGAUGUCAUCAGAACCCUCUACCCAGUGAUGUCGUCAGAACCCUCUCACCAGUGAUGUCAUCAGAACCCUCUAACCAGUGAGCUCAAGGUCAAACCAAGGUCACAGGUGGAAAGGAGGAGUGAAAACAGGAAGGAUGUGAGAUGAGAUUUCAUUCUCUUGUUCCCUGGCUAUAACAAAGACCCAGAAAGCACCUAUAGAGAGAAAGAGAGAGAGAGAGACAGAGGGAGGAGAGAGAGAAAGAAGAAGAGAGAGAGAAAGAGGGAGAAGAGAGAGACAUAAACAAUAGAAGGAAAGAGAAAGAGAGAGAGAGAGAAGGAGGAGAACACACAAAUCCAUUAAUGGCAGCAGAACCCGAGAGGUGUCUUUGAGAUUGCCUGAAGGACCCUUCCUCCACUAUGAGUGUCCCAGCUGGUCUCCAGAGUCUGUCUGUCAGCGGACGAGACAUAAAAAACUACAACAAAUCUCAUGUCCUGUUUCACCCUCCGACUGGAGAUGCUAACGCUAACCAGAUAGUGCUAAUUGGGGAGACCCCAGAUGACCAGGCCUCCAGCCCGCUACCCCCCCUGGUGGCCCAGAGCGAAGCCCAGGACAAGCUUCUUAUCUGGGGGAGGGAGGAGCGAUGUCUGGACCAUGACAUCCAGGAGUUGGAACUGCUAGAGAUACACUCCUUCCAUGGAGAUGGAGGUGAAGGGGGGGAUGGAAAGAGAUUAGGAGAAGUGGAGGAGGAUGAUGAAGGAGAGAAUUCUAAAAGAGGAGCAGAUGAAGGACUGUUGUCGAUCUCUUCCAGCUCCACGGCCAGCGGUGUUUCUGUUCACGGGAACGAUAACGAUGGGAGGGACAGAGGGAUGGAUAGACAAAAAGAGGUAGCGGGAGAGAGAGAGGUGCUCCGUCAGGACCUCAACUACAGCGUCCCUCGAUCAGGUAAAGAGACGGGAGGAGGAGGAGGAGGAGGAGAGCAGAACAGCGUGGGUGACAAAGGGAGUCUCUGUGUGUCUGCCGUUUCCACCCUGAGUAGCAGUCUGGACCCUACUGGACAUCCAUUGACCUCUAACCCCAAUCCCACUACCUCAGCCAAGAGAAGGGCUCCCCCUGUUGGCCUGAACUCCACAGCAGCACCACACUCUCAGGACACUCCUAACCUGGGAGAACUACCGUACCCGAGGUCACCUGACCAAGAAGUACAUCAUCAGCACCAGGAAACAUCUAACCUGGAUGUAGGACUGUCGAGGGGUCAAAGUGCGACAGAGGAGGGGUCUAAACUGGAUGUUACCACUCAAAGACAGGACGUGAGGUGUUACCAGGGAAACAGCAUCUUGUCCUCCUCAGAUGGAGGGAUAGGACAGAGGAAGAAGGGAGUAGGAGCUCCUCCUCCUCGCAGACAACAGCUCGUCCGACCUCUCUGUCAGUUGGAACCAGGAAGAGGGAGGAGCUUAGCUGAGCCAAUCACAAGACGGCGCUCCUCGACCUCUCCCUCCCUGUCUCCAGAUGCAGGUCGUAAGGUCGUGGACCCAGGUCACCACGGGGUCGACGUCAGGCAAACACAAGAGACCCUAGAGGUCAAGAGUUCAAUGGUCAACUGUAGCAGUUACUCCCACCUUCACUCCCACCCCCAUUACCAGCCCAGCUCCAGUCCCGGAGCUCCCCAGCCCAGCCAGGCCAGCCAGUCUGCCCAGAGAGAGGCUCGUUCCCUGGAUAGACGUCGGAGUAGCGCAGAACGUACCGCAAGCCUGGAGAGGAGACAUCAGCACCAGGACCAGUCUCAGCUCAGAUACCGUAGAACAAACCGCUGUGGGGCUACUGUCACCUCUCAACCAUGCUCACACACACCCCCUCGCUCCCCACUCAGAACCCCACAGGGGUCACCACGGAGACAAGAUCAACAACAACAACAGCCGAUGUCCCCUUCGAGGAUCAUUACAGGUUCAGCUCGGUAUCCCCAGGGCUAUGGUAGCAGUGGGCUUAGACCACCUCUCAAAUCUAACCUCGCUUCUACAGGGAUACCCAUACCUCCUCUACACCACCAGGCCCCUAACCCCAGCCCAAGCCCCCCCAAGCCCAAAGGAGUACGGCCCAAAAUCAUCACCUAUAUCCGGAAGGGUCCUCAACUCAAACCCCAGGCUUCAGACGGGCCUUACCAGGUCUCCUCCUUGCCAUCCAGGCUCUCUGCCUAUACACAUACACACUCCCCUGCCACAAAUAUGCCUCAGAAGCACUCCUCUAGCCCCAAAACGCACACCAACACACACUCCCGCGGCAUAGCGUCCAGAAACACACCCGUCCUGAGUGCCUCCAACCUCCUCUACGACAAAUACAGACAGGAGAUGCAGAAAAACCGUCUGUUCAACUCUGGUAUGAUGGGAACAGGGAUUCGUGGCUACACACACACUGUCCCCCCGACACACACACAGUCUGGCUCUCACACACACACCCACACACACACUGGAGCCCACACUCACAGCCACACAGCCCCUCCGAAGCUGGGCAGCAAGGCUGAGAGCUUCUAUGGACCACUGGUGGACAAGUACCAACCAGCAGAGAUGAGUAGAAAUGCGGGCAGCCUUGGUCGCGAGGACCCCUCAGGCCCCAGGAUGGCAACCCAGGCGGCUCAAGCCGGCGGCACUGGCAGCCUGCUCCGCUCUGGCAUAGGGCUGCGCCCGCAACUGGGUCUGGGAGCUGUUGCACGGGCAACCCCGGGGUCUGUCGUUUUCACUGCAACCAAGAACCAGAUGAUGGUUCAGGGUCAGAGGACAGCAUUGGGUUUCAGUCAACCAGUGCAGGCCGUCAGCCCAGCGACCAAUCAGAAUGGACAGGACAACACAGGUGACCAGCAAAGACCGUCACCCACCCCAGCUCCGUCCCAGACCCCCAGGACUCUGCUCCCCAGCCAGUCAGCGCUGCGUGCUCCUGGGUUCAGCUCUGUGUGUCUCCCCCCUGGAGCCUCUGGAGCCCCUGGAGCUGGACGUCUGGCUGCGUUCGGGUUCAUACGGAGCUCCAGUGUCUCAUCUGUGUCCUCUCUCCACUCUGUUGAGAGCUCCCCGUCAGACCUCUGUCGACGGCCCAGUGUGUGUGUGGACCCUCCCCUCUACAGAGUGACCAACCCACCCUGUACAGACCCCCAGAGAGGAGGGGGACCCCCAAACUAUGCCACCCGUAAUCUACAGCCCCCAUCUACCCCAGCUCUGCCUCGGAGAUACCUGCCUGCUCAGCCCAGAGGGUCACCUGUUGGUGUGAGGAAGGAGUUCCCGAGGAGUUCUGAGAUCACAAGGUCCCUUCCUUCCUCUCCUAAGAGGCUGGCUGUGGUGCCUCCUAAACCCCAGUCACCAGUCCUCCCCAGGCAGCGUCCAGCAGCAGCCACCAGAGGGGCAGUUCCCCCCUGCUCCCCUCGGCGCGUUCCCCCCUUCAGGCCGAAGCAGGAACAGCAGGAGAACCUGCAGAGGGAGAAAGAGGAGGCGCAAUUGAAGGAGAGAGAGAGGGAGGAGCAGGAGAGGGAGCGAGAAAGGGAGAAACAGAGGGAGGAGGUCCAGAGGCUUCAGAAUCGCUGUGUGGAGCAGGAGGAUCAGCUGACAUCACUGAGAGAGGAACUGAGGAAGACGACGCUAGGACUACAAGCCUUCAUCAUUACUUCCCAACACUACUGUCUACAGAAUGAGAGCGCUACAGAGAAGGAGAAAGAGCUCUCCCUGAAGAUUCAGAGGAUCAAACAGGAAGUCGCUUCUAACACCACUCAAUGGGAGAGGCUGCAAAAGGAGAAGGCAGAGCUGGAGGUGGGGUUUGAGCGGGAGCUCACGGAGCUGCAGCUGCAGCAGGAGGAGGAGCUAGCGGCGGUGGAGGCGGAGCUAAGGGUCUGUCACUCAAAGGAGACGGAACACCUGAGGGCGGAGCAUCAGGAAGAGGUGGAGGAGAUCAGGACCCAGCAGCAGGAGCAGAUGGAUGAGCUGACGGUGAACCACGAGGCAGCCAUUCAAGAGCUGAGGGACAUGCACAACAUUACCAUGACAACGCUGUACGAGGAGCAUGCUCGCACCAUGAGGGACCUAAGGAAGUCUCAUGAGCAGCAGAAGGUAACUCUGGAAGAAGACUUUGAGAAGCUCAGACUCUCUCUGCAGGAUCAGGUGGACACCCUGUUGUUCCAGAAGAGCAGCCUGAGGGACAAAGCAAAACGCUUCGAAGAGGCACUGAGAAGAAGCACCGACGAACACAUAGUGGAUACCCUAGCCCCAUACCAGCACAUUGAGGAGGAUUUGAAGAGCUUGAAGGAUGUUGUGGAGAUGAAGAACAACCAGAUUCACCAACAGGAGAAGAAGAUCUCUGACCUGGAGAGAGUGGCCCAGAAGAACGUUGUGUUAGAGGAACGGAUGCAGGUGCUACAGCAGCAGAACGAAGACCUGAUGGCCCGUAUAGACAAUAACCUAGCCCUGUCCAGGCAACUCUCAGAGGAGAACGCUAACCUGCAGGAGAAUGUAGAGAAGGAGAACGGAGAGAAGAAACGACUGAGCCGUAACAAUGAGGAGCUCCUCUGGCGUCUACAGACCUCACCUCUCUGCUCCCCCUGCUCCUCUCCCAUCCACCGCUCCUUCUCUACCUCCCCCACUCCGUCUUCCUGCCUCUUUUCCUCCUCUCCCGGGAUGGGAGGAGGGACGGGGUUUGACGCCCCCUCUCACUACUGUGGAGGAUACCCCGCACCUACACAUGGCUACUCCCCUAGUCACAGAGAGAAUCUCAAUCAGUCUCCAGGACCGGCCACGCCCACUCACAGAGGAUUCUCCAAUCAGAAUCAGUCUCCAGGACCGGCGACGCCUACUCACCGAGUGUCACCCAAUCACUGUCACUCGCCUGCUCGGCUCAACCCCCUCAUGAGAUGAGCUCACGUUUCUCUCUUCCUGUCUUUCUUUUUCUUUUCAUCUCUUUACUGUUAAUCUCUCGUGGACAGACUACUGAGACAUAAAUGGUAGUGUACAUCUGUCAUGAUACAAUGGAAUGUGUGAGAUAACUAGCAGCGUUAGUUCAGGUGUUUUGGACAAAAUCACUAUUUUCGCUGGUGAUAUCGUCUUUCAAAAGUGGAGAGGACAUUUUGGCCCGUAACUUGCAUAAAGACAGGAUGGAGCUCUUUGUUCCAGUUUCGAUCCUCGUUCUAUCUCUUCUCUUAACACGUACUGUAUGGACAUAGAAUUUAAUCGAACAUCUGACCAGUCACGCAAGUUCUGGUUUCACCAAAAUUACUUUUCUGAUAUAAUGUUGCAUGAGGUUUAAGUGCUAGAUAAGAUGGGUGUUCUCUCCAGCUACUACGGCUGUAAGAAAAGAGAAAAGACAGAACUCCAUUAGCAUCGCUAAUAUACUCUAACAAUGCCUUUCUGCUAGCCUCUCGUUGGCUAACUCCACUAGCAUCUCUGUAGCCAUUGACCCAGGCUAGCUGACCUAGCCUCUCGUUGGCUAUCCCCACUAGCAUCUCUGUAGCCAUUGACCCAGGCUAGCUGACCUAGCCUCUUGAUGGCUAACUCCACUAGCAUCUCUGUACCUAUAGACUAAGACUAGCUGACCUAGCCUCUUGAUGGCUAACUCCACUAGCAUCUCUGUACCUAUAGAUUAAGACUAGCUGACCUAGCCUCACGAUGGAUAACUCCACUAGCAUCUCCGUACCUAUAGACUAAGACUAGCUGACCAAGCCUCUUGAUGGCUAACUCCACUAGCAUCUCUGUACCUAUAGACUAAGACUAGCUGACCUAGCCUGUUGAUGGAUAACUCCACUAACAUCUCUGUACCUAUAGACUAAGACUAGCUGACCUAGCCUCUCGAUGGCUAACUCCACUAGCAUCUCUGUACCCAUAGACUCAUACUAGCUGACCUAGCCUCUUGAUGGCUAACUCCACUAGCAUCUCUGUACCUAUAGACUAAGACUAGCUGACCUAGCCUGUUGAUGGCUACCUCCACUAGCAUCUCUGUACCCAUAGACUCAUACUAGCUGACCUAGCCUCAAGAUGGCUAACUCCACUAGCAUCUCUGUACCCAUAGACUCAGACUAGCUGACCUAGCCUCACGAUGGCUAACUCCACUAGCAUCUCUGUACCUAUAGACUAAGACUAGCUGACCUAGCCUCUCGAUGGCUAACUCCACUAGCAUCUCUGUACCUAUAGACUAAGACUAGCUGACCUAGCCUCUUGAUGGCUAACUCCACUAGCAUCUCUGUACCUAUAGACUAAGACUAGCUGACGUAGCCUCACGAUGGCUAACUCCACUAGCAUCUCUGUACCCAUAGACUCAUACUAGCUGACCUAGCCUCUCGAUGGCUAACUCCACUAGCAUCUCCGUACCUAUAGACUCAUACUAGCUGACCUGGCCGCUGUGCUGUACCCUGUAGACUCCAUGAAGGUACAAAAAUACUGUAUGUCUCCAUUCACCACCAGCAAACUGAAGAACACUGGAGAAAUAUCUCUUUAAGGAUCUCUCUCUGUCUCUCUCUGUCUCUGUCUCUCUGUCCUCACCUGGAUGUGUAGCUGACUGGCUAGCUUGUGCUUGGCCUGCAAGUGGAACCAGCUAACUGAUGAACAAUGGAGACCUCUCUAUCUCUUUAAGGAAGCUGACUGGCUAGCUAGCUCUAGAAUGUUAGGAUGUAGUGCAUUCAACCACGGACUACGUUGAACGACUGUAGUGUAUUGAAACACCAACCACAGGCAGUGCUGAAAUGUAGAUUGUAAUGUGCUCUGCAACAACAGAGACUCCACUUCAAUGUAUUGUAUAUAGAAACAGACAGACAGACUGACAAUAUGAAUGGACGGACGGACAGACAGACGGACUGAGAGUAUGUAUACCACCAGAUGGGAACAGUGGUAGUCUCUGCUUAGUUAUCCGGGUCCAAACCACCACACCACCCCCUUCCGCCAUGCAGGGACGGACUGGGACCAGAAACUGGACCGGCAUUUAUAACACAUCGAUUCAUGGCCAGUCCAUUUCCGCUACCACGGAUUUGUCCUUACCGGUGCUUACUACCAACCAAAUGGAACCAUGGAUAAAAUAACAGUCUCACGGAAUCACCUUAUACUCCGGUCCAGUUUUUGCUUUCAGCACAAACUUUUUACCAGCACAUGAUGUCCAACAGUCUUCAGAUACCAGGAUUUUACAGAUGAUUUUAAUCCACGUUUAAAAGGAUGUUUUAUAAACUGUUUCAGUUUUACCAGCAAACAGUAAUACUUAACAGAAGCGCUUCCAAUCCAGACGGAAUCCAAAAAUCCGCUCCAGUCUUCCGCUCUCUCUGCAUGGAUAUUACCUGUGGGUAGGUUACGUACCUGUAUCCCCACACCUGUUGAUUCAGGGUGUUCAAAUAUAUCAAACAUAUUUAGGAUUGACUGAUCUACAAAUAAUAAUGGGGAGGCAGGUAGCCUAUCGGUUAGAGCGUUGGGAUUAGUAACCGAAAGGUUGCUAAGUUUGAAUUCCCACAAGCCGACCGGGUGAAAAAAAUCUGUCCUACUGCCCUUGAGCAAGGCACUUAACCUUCACUGGUCUAGGGUCGCUGUCAAUAAUGGUUGAUCCCCCUUAGUCGUGACCCCACUCUCUGAGGGUGUCUCAGGGAGAGUUGGGAUAUGCAAAAAAAAAAAAAAAACACAUUUUCAAUUCACACAUAAAAUAGGAGAUAUAUACUGUAAGUACCCACGAAUAGAGAGCCAUUUGGGACACAGGCACCGGGAUGUAGAAAUACCGACCACAGGAAUUGUUUGUUGUUUUCUAAGUGAUAUUUGUAAACGUAUUUAUUGGACUUUUGUAUACUUUAUCUACUUUUACCAAGCAUGUCUUCCAGUCUUUACCUCUCGCUGUCUGGAGCCUGGGGCCUAUAGGUUCUAUCCCAGGUUUUCAGAGAAAAUCCUUGUCAAAAGAUUCCCAGAAUCACGAGAGAACAAGCAGGACAUUUUUAAUCAUCCUCCAACCAGGAUUUCUGGAAAACCUAGGAAUUUUGGGAACAUUUUUGCAACCCUACGUAGAGUAGUUGUGAUGUUUAUCAGACCAGGGUUUCAAAUACAAAAAAAAAUCUCAAUAAAUUAGAUUAGUAAAUUAAUAAAUAGAUUAAAAUACUUUGAUACUUUAUCUGUGGCUGUUUGUGCUUGCCUGGCUUAAUUAACUGGUAGAAAAGUCCCAAAACGGACCCAACCUCCCCGUCCAUUCAGUCCAGGCAAACUCAAGGAAACGCUGAAAGUAUUUGAAACAACUUGUCUCGUAUUUGAAACCAGGUUUGCUGCUUAUACUCUGUACUAACAGGAGAAAACGUUGUUUUUUAAAACAGAGAUGCUAGCCGGGCUCUAUUCAUUCCGCCAAACAAAACUGUUUGUCUUGUUUUGCAACUAGAACAAGAGUUUCUAUUGGACAAAAUUCUGGUAGGUUCCUCCCCAUUUCGUUCUGUUGGUCAAAACAUAUUGCAACUAAAACAUUUUGUUUGGCAGAAUGAAUACAUCCCAGAACUAAUUUCCUACUGAAUGGGACACCGAUUUGUAACAACAACAAACAAAUAUAUAUAAAUGCAACUCUGGUCUGACCAAUAGGAGAAGAGUAGAAUGUGACUCUUUGGACCAAUAGGUGACAGAAAUAUGGGAUGUCAUUUCUCCACCUGACCAAUAGAGGGAGUUUGGAGGGGCGUUGGGGUGUCAAAACGAGAGAGUGUGUAUUUCAUUGUAAUAUAUCGAUUUGUUCAGAAGUGGUCGAAACAUUCAGAACGCUGCAGAUAAAUACAGUUUCAAGACACAAUGAUUGUGUUUUCUCCAUGACAUAGAAGAAUGUGUUUUCUGCGUGAUAUAUUUCUAUCGGAACGUUCUGUAAUGUUGCCCCAAGUAAACCACACUAUCACCUCUGUACAUAAAACUAGAGAGAAACUGUUUAUCUUGAGAGUAGUGUACCUAGACACAACUAUACUAGAAAAGACCAGUGUAGGGUGAAGUGUAGAUUCAACUAGAGAGAAACUCUUUAAAACGACUGGGAUCUUUUUCAGUCUCUAGCUCUAACCAGGUUUCUGUGAUUAGUCAAAACCACAGAUGUUAUUGGUGUUUUCUACCCAUUUGUCAGUAGUUGGUAUUCAGAUGUAGUAUGCAGGCGUAGUAUUCACUCAAUAGCAAUAGGGUUUUCACUACAUUUAUUAGAGCCAUCCCUUUAAAUACGGUGAACCUUUAAUUAGAUGUAUUUUUUUUUGUCCACAGACUACAAGGAGAGAACUGUUCAGAAUAUUAGGAACCAAUCAAAGAAAGCCAUCUAUAAAAUGAACAAAAUAAAUAAAAUAAAUAUAUUAGGAACCAAUCAAAGAAAGCCAUCUAUAUAAUGAACAAAAUAUAUAAAAACAACAUGUUAAGUGUUGGUCUUAGUUUCAUGAAAUAAAAGAUCCCAGAAAUGUUCCACACGAAAAGCUUAUUUCUCUCAAAUUUCGUGCACAAAUUAGUUUACAUCCCUGUUAUUGAGCAUUUCUCCCUUGCCGACAUAAUCCACCCACCUGACAGGUGUAGGAUAUCCAGAAGCCGAUUAAACGGCAUGGUCAUUACACAGGUGCACCUUGUGCUGGGGACAAUAAAAGGCCGCUCUGAAAUGUGCAGUUUUGUCACACAACACAAUGCCACAGAUGUCUCAAGUUUUGAGGGGGCAUGCAAAUUGGCAUGCGGACUGCAGGAAUGUACACCAAAGCUGUUGCCAGAUAAUUGAAUGUUAAUUUCUCUACCAUAAGCCAUCUCCAAAAUCAUUUUCGAGAAUUUGGCAGUAAGUCCAACCGGCCUCACAACCGCAGACCACGUGUAACCACGCCAGCCCAGGACCUCCACAUCCGGAUUCUUCACCUGCAGGAUUGUCUGCGAUCAGCCACCCGGACAGCUGAUGAAACUGUGGGUUUGCACAACCGAAGAAUUUCUGCUCAAACUGUCAGAAACCAUCUCAGGGAAGCUCAUCUGCGUACUGGUCGUUCUCACCAGGGUGUGACUGCAGUUUGGCGUCGUAACCGACAGCGGGAAAAUGCGCACAUAGAACAGAUCUACCACUAUUUAGACUUGCUUUGAAUGAGAAUGACAGGUCGCCCAAAAAGGGCCAUCUUGCAGCUUUAAGGUUAGGGAAGUAUUCAUUAAUAAAUGUUUUUAAAACGGUUUAGAGAGCCUUUACACACGGAAGAAAGAAAAAACGGUUUAGAAAGCCUUUACGCACGGAAGAAAGAAAAACGGUAGAUUGAUUCAUUCGGGGGGAAAAAUGACACAUUCAGUUGUUCAACCCAUGGUAAUGUUGCAAUAUGUGUGUGUAUAUAACUAUGGUAGGGGAAAUAGUGUAUAAUAGUAGGUUACACCCUUGUCUAUUGCCUGCACUAACCAUGGAACUGUGUUAAUGACACAGGCAAGUGUUGCGUCAUGCUUCGGGCGCUCCGCUCCAGAGCGAUUUAAUUAACCUACAUGUCUUUUUUUUAAUCAUUUUUUUUUUACAUUCAAUUUGAUCAACCACACAUCCGUGACGGCGUUUAGCGAGGAAGAAAAUGAAAGUAUUUAAUUAAAACAUUGGAAAUUGCCCAAAGGUUAAAAGGUCACAUGCUGACGUGAACGUUUAAAGUUAAAAAGGACAUAGGCCUACAAUUUAAAUUCUACAUAAAUGGCACAACAUUUCAUAAACAUCACAUCGCUGUGGGAAAGUUGAUAUGUUUCAGUUUGCUGCCAAAUGAUUGGUUUCACAUUUGCCUCCAGCGAUGAUAAGGUAAAAUAGAUCUAAAACAAUUGUCAUUUAUAUUUACAAUCCCCUUAUUCAAACGGAUUACUCAUUUACCAAGCUCUUAUCGAUAGCUCUUAUCGAUAUUUACAUUAGGCCCUACAGUGCAUGAAGAAGGUUGCUGUUUCAAUCGGGGGAGAGAGAAGAAAAAGAAAGUAGAUGUUUUUCACACUUGGAACCGACAGGUUGCUCCAUUUUAUUAAUCGUUUAAAGGUGGUGGAAUUAUGAAUUAAAUCAAGGGCAGAAUACGUAGACUGAAUCUGUAGACAUACUUCUGCCACACCUUAAUUUAUGCGAUCUCUACCGCUAACGAAUAGCUGGCUGAAACAUGAGUUUCCCCGUGCAUAUAUUCAAGGUCAGAAUACGCUUGGAGAUGAAAUUGCAUAACAUUGGAAUUAAGUUCCGUUUACUCACUCAUAAAUCGGAUCGGAAUCGGGCUAAUGGCGAUGAACAACACACCCUUUACCAGAGGAGGCUCCUCCAGUGAGGAAGAGGAGGACGGUCUUCCUCAUGACAUUGACAAACACUAUGUUUACAUUAUGAAACGGUCUCUAGAUCCAAAUGACUCAUACAGGAAACCUGGUUCUGGCUUUUGACUGAAUAGGGCUCAUAGAACAAUUAUGUAGAAUACUUGAGAGAGAAACAGAAAAGGUUUACAUAGCUCUGACAGUGUUUGGGCAAUUAUGAAAAACAACAGUAUCUGAAGGUAGAACUCUGCCUAUCCGACCGGCCCAGAGGAAUAUUUCACUUCCUCUGAUCAUAGGAGUAACAACAUGAAUUGGUGCACGAGGCACAAGUAAUGCCGUGCAACUUAAGUUUCGCCAUCGGCUGGAAGACUGUGUCCCCUUUUCUCAGCGGAGGGAGGGAGAGAGGAGGGAGGGAGGGAGAGCCUGGUGAGAGACAGCCUCACUGCUCCCUCCCUCCUCUCAGACUGACCAUCAGAUGCAGGGCAUCAGUCCAGUAAAAAAUUACAUAUAAACAAACUAUAUGAUUAUGCUCAAUCAGCUGUAACAUCACAAGUAAUACAACAAAUGGUGUAUGAUCAAACUGGUAAUAGAUCAACAUUUUUUUUUAAAUAUAAUUUCAAAAUGGUCCCAGAAUAAUAACAUGGUCAAGGCAAGUCAAGGCAUAGCCCGUAUGCAGUGAUAAUAUAUCGGGCCCCUAGCUUACUGUACAAACCUCAUUGAUCGACAACUGUUUUUAAUUGGUUAAUGUUGCUUUAGGCUUCCGUUAUUUAAGUCAUGUUAAAAUAAAAUCUGAGCGGUAGAUCUCAGCUUGCAUGUGGACUCUGAAAAAGGUCGGUGACCUCCGUAGUAGAGAAAUCCAUCCUUGUCGGAUCUAUAAAACAUUUUUUUUUUUAAACGUCUAGGAUUCUUUCUGUAAUUUUAAAUGUAUAAAAACGACAUCGCUGAAAGAUGCUGAAGGAUAACUAUUUACUAUGAAUGAUUUAAAACGGUUUAAUAAUCUUUCAAGUCUUUUGGUGGAAUGUUUUGAUACUUUUUAUUGCCUCUUGUAAUAUUACCAGGAAAUGGACAGUUUAUUCUGUUCAUCUGUAUACAGGUUUACAUUUAUGGGGUUUUCAGGAAACGUAGCACUUAGAUUCUGUGUCAUUUUAAAGUUGGGUUGAAUCUCCAAAACUCAGCACUCUUGAUAUGAACUUGUAAACAAACCAGCCAGCUUUGAAAAGUACUAAAAUGUAAUGGUGCUCUGUUACAAACUGUAUAACAUAAGCUAACUUACUAUAUAAGCUAAUAUAUCAUGAUGAUGUAGAACCCCACAUGUUUCCAGUGUUCCUUUAAAGUCAACUACUCACCCUACUGAAGGUUCUCUAUCUAUGUAACUCUCUGUGUCCUUUAAAGUCAACUACUCACCCUACUGAAGGUCCUCUAUCUAUGUAAAUCUCUGUGUCCUUUAAAGUCAACUACUCACCCUACUGAAUAUCCUCUAUCUACAGUUGAAGUCAGAAGUUUACAUACGCCUUAGCCAAAUACAUUUAAACUCAGUUUUUCACAAUUCCUGAAAUUUAAUCCUCGUAAAAAUUCCCUGUCUUAGGUCAGUUAGGAUCACCAUGUUAUUUUAAGAAUGUGAAAUGUCAGAAUAAUAGUAGAGAGAAUUAUUUAUUUAUUUCCUGACAUUCCCAGUGGGUCAGAAGUUUACAUACACUCAAUUAGUAUUUGGUAACAUUGCCUUUAAAUUGUUUAACUUGGGUCAAAGGUUUCAGGUAGCCUUCCACAAGCUUCCCACAAUAAGUUUGGUGAAUUUUGGCCCAUUCCUAAUGACAGAGCUGGUGUAACUGAGUCAGGUUUGUAGGCCUCCUUGCUCACACACACUUUUUCAGUUCUGCCCACAAAUGUUCUAUAGAAUUGAGGUCAGGGCUUUGUGAUGGCCACUCCAAUAUUUUGACUUUGUUGUCCUUAAGCCAUUUUGCCACAACUUUGGAAGUAUGCUUGGGGUCAUUGUCCAUUUGGAAGACCCAUUUGCGAAGCUAGAACUUCCUAAUUGAGGUCUUGAGAUGUUGCUUCAAUAUAUCCACAAAUUUCCUACCUCAUGAUGCCAUCUAUUUUGUGAAGUGCACCAGUCCCUCCUGCGGCAAAGCACCCCCACAACAUGAUGCUGCCACCCCCGUGCUUCACGGGAGGGAUGGUGUUCUUCGGCUUGCAAGUCUCCCCCUUUUUCCUCCAAACAUAACGAUGGUCAUUAUGGCCAAACAGUUAUAUUUUUGUUUCAUCAGAACAGAGGACAUUUCUCCAAAAACUACGAUCUUUGUCCCCAUGUACAGUUGCAAACCAUAGUCUGGCUUUUUUAUGGCAGAUUUGGAGCAGUGGCUUCUUCCUUGCUUUAGCAGCCUUUCAGGUUAUGUCGAUAUAGGACUCGUUUUACUGUGGAUAGAUACUGUUGUACCCGUUUCCUCCAGCAUCUUCACAAGGUCCUUUGCUGUUGUUCUGGGAUUGAUUUGCACUUUUCACACCAAAGUACGUUCAUCUCUAGGAGACAGAAC